GAAAAUUAAUAUGAAGCUACCUUACUUCCCUAUCUGCUGGCCUGACGGGCCUUUCGAAAAUAAGUUCGGCUCUGCCGAUGAUGAAAGAAAGGGGCGUGGUGGAACAGCCAAUGAUUAUAAGACUUGUUUGAACACGUUCUUCAAACCAGCCCCAAGACUUUUCAAACCAUAAAACACGAGCAAAGUCCUCAAGAUACCUCUCUCUCAACUGGUUUCCACGGAAUGUCGGAAUCUCAGAAGUGUGAAACCUUUGUCUUCCUGGACUUGGAAGCUACCGGCCUUCCCGAUGCCUAUCCCCAAAUAGCAGAGAUCUCCCUAUUUGCCAUCCACCGCGUCUCUCUGGAGCAUCCCGUGUGGGAUGAGUCCGGCGACCUGUUGCUGCCCCGGGUCCUGGACAAGCUUACUCUCUGCAUGAAUCCCGAGCAGCCCUUCACGCCGAAGGCCGCCAAGAUCACUGGCCUGAAUAAUCAGAACCUGACAGACAACCAGAAGCCGUGCUUCGAUGGCACAGUGGUGAAGAUCCUGAGGGAGUUCCUUAGCAGGCAGGUGUCCCCCAUUUGCCUGGUUGCUCACAAUGGCUUUGCCUACGACUUUCCGCUCCUGCGGACAGAGCUGCAGCGACUGGGUGCCAACCUGCUUGAGGAUACCUACUGCCUCGACACCCUCCCCGCAUUGAAGGGCCUAGACAAAGCCCACGAUCACGGCACCAGGUCGCGCCGUGGCAAGAGCUACCGACUUGGGAACUUGUACCGGCAGUAUUUCGGGGAUGACCCAAAGGCCGCCCAUUCAGCUGAGGGAGAUGUCUACACACUGGUCAUGGUCUUCCUCCACAGGGCUCCUGAACUCCUUCAGUGGGCCGGCACCAAGGCCCGGAGCUGGGAUGAGAUCGAGCCCAUGUAUUCACCCGGUCCCAGAAGGUCCAGCGGGCGAAGCCGCAACGCCUGAGCCUUCCCGGAUGUGGCUAUGCCAGUCUGGAGAAGGGCCUCCCACCAGGAGCAGGCUCCAAGGCGAGGAAUGAAGGCAAGCACCCCAAAUUUUCCUGCCGUUUUUACAGUAGAAACAGUGAAACCAGUAACAGCUCUCCCUUGCCCUUAUCAUUGGAUCAGUGUCUCUUUUUCCAGUCCUGCUCUCUCUGUCCUGACACUAACCCAGUAGUCCUCAGCAAUAUUUAAUUGACCUUAUCUCCACCGUGGCAUUGAGUCUGCGAGUUCACUAUAAAUGAAUUUAUCCCAAAUUCUGGAGAAACAGGUGCCUUCUCCGCUGACUGACUUGUAAAAACCUGCCCCUUAUUCUGCAGGCCCUCGAUGCCCCCAGUGAUAGUGACCGCUUUUGGAGAAGGCUUGUACUCCCCACACUAAAUUUAUCUCUACCUGAAAGACUGAAGGGAUUAUUCUUGAAUCUUUGCCCUGGGCCAGCAUCAACACCAUUUACAAAUAUAAAAAAGUGAAAUCUCUCCUAACUUCAAUUUGUAUUAUAUAAUGAAAUAUCUGACAAUAAUCGUACCCCAGCCCGUCUCCAGAUCUAAUAAAUGAAUGUGGUUCCA